AUGUCGCGACGAAAACAGGGAAGACCGCAACAGAGGAAAGCACUGGACUCACUGGAACAAGAAAAUGACCUGCUGCUCUGUGGCGAGUGCCAGACGAGCUUUCCACUACAGGAUAUACUCAAAUUCAUACGCCACAAGGUCAACAAGUGCAGUAAGAAAAUUGUUGACGUGUUGGAUUCGCCAGAGUAUGAGGAUGGUCCCCACUCAGACUCGGAGCAACACUGCGGAAGUAUUAGCUCCAAAAGGACUAGUAUCUCUGCCCCCAUCUCUCUUAAAGAGGCCAUCGAAAAUAACAAAUCGCCACGCUCCUCCAUUGACUCACUCGGCUCUCUGAAGGACGUGAGAAUCAAGGAGGAGAAUGGUCACAGCCCCAUGGAAGAGGACAAGCUCUUUGAACAAAAAUUAUCCCGGUCACCUCUCAAGCCCCGAAAGGUUGUGGAUGCAGAGUCAAACACUACAAAUACAGAACCAUCCAAGUUUGUGUGUGAUUCCUGCAAGUCUACAUUUGGUUCAGCAUGGUCACUUCUACAACAUGCUCAGAAAGAACAUGGCAUGCGCAUCUACACAACUUCCCUGGAUAAGCAGCAGAAAUACCCGGAUCAUAAAAAGGAGCGUGAUGAACGAGAUCAGCGUGACCAUGUUCAGCAUGACCGUGAGCAUCGUGAAAAUCGUGAGCACCGACAUCAUGAAAAGCAUAAUUCAAGUCCUAGUAACCACAGGAGUCAUCAGCUAUCGAAUCCUCCCCAGCAACAGCAAGCACCUCAGCAUCAACCAAAACAACGAGACGAGCAACGUGACACCCCUCUCUUGUGUCAGCCCCUCGACCCACAUCGAACACCUCCCUCGGCUAGCUCCGCAGGAAGUGCGGACAGUGGCAACCAUCUACUGCAAGAUGGUGGCCAUCAUCUACUGCCACCUCAUCCGUCACCACAUUCUUCUCCCUUCUUGUUCAAAUUUCCAUUUGAUCGACCACCACCAUUGUCCCCAGGGUUGCCAUUCCGGCCCCCUGGUCUUGGGAUGGAUUUCCCUAUUGUGAGUGAGCCCUCUUUACCGAGAUCAUUUGUGGGCUUCCCACCUAUGUUUGAUGGUGGACCUUCACCACCAUUUCCGAAUCUGUUUGAACGGCCAAGGCAAUCACCUGUAGGAAUCGAAGAAUCAUUUUACUCACAACGGCUUAGGCAGCUAGCAUCAUCAACUUCAGGAUCGCCAUCACCAGUUAGAAAGCAGACUCCUCCUUUUUCCCAGCCAGGUCCGUCACCGACCACCUUUCCACCUGUGACUCCUCCGAGCUCCCUUUCCUCUGAUAUAGAGAAGCCACAGCACGGAUCUGGCAGUAUCACCCCUCCAGCGAAGCUCAAGUCCUGUGAAUUCUGUGGCAAAUCAUUUCGCUUUCAGAGCAAUUUGAUAGUACACAGAAGGUCUCAUACUGGCGAGAAGCCAUUCAAAUGCCCUCUUUGUCCACAUGCAUGUACGCAACAGAGCAAGCUCAAACGACACAUGAAGACACACAUGAACAAAUCUCCAUUGUCAAUGUCGAAUGCAUCAAAUAUGUCCAAUGACGGAAGUCUAGCCUCAGGCAGCAGCACCCCGGAUUCGAGUAAGCGUUUUAUAGAUGAUGAUGAGGAAGAAGAUGAGGAAGAAGAGGAAGAAAUGGAAGAGGAGAUGGAAGAAGAUGAAGAGAUGGCUCUUGGAAUGGAUGAGGAAGCCUACAAAAAUAGCUUCAAAGAGGGGUUUAAUCCACCGAAGAAGUUGGAGGUCAAUUCUUCUCCAAAGUCCAGUGAGCUAGCAGCAAGGCUAUUAGAUCCUUACACAGACAGAACCAGUCUCCUGUCUGAGGUCAUGAAAAAUACAGGUCUGACAAAUUACCCAGAAUACAACGAAGCUUUCAAACAAGCCAUGGCAGAGCGGGUUACCUCCCCUGUGGGUGGACAAGAAGAGCAGACAUCAGAGAACUGCAGCAACAACAGCAGCAACAGCAGCCAAGAUGGGAUGAAGGAGGAUAAUCAUAAGAAGUCUUCUUCUGAUUCAGAUUCUGAGACACAAUGCUACAAGAAGAUCAAGAAUGAACCUGUGGAUACGGGAUCUUUCCCUACUAAUAACAUGGAAAACCAUCACAUCUACUCCCUGUGGGGCUCCAUGGGGUUUCCAGCCCCACCCCCUCAAGAUUUCUAUCAUCUUUCUCUUUCGGGGAUGCAGUUUGACGGUGUAGGUUCAAACCAUAAUGGAUACAGUCCUUCAACCCCGGAGAGUGCCUUGAAAUCAUUCAAUGCACAGACCCCACCGAAACCUGGGCCCAGCACUCCUGUCUCAGGAGAUGCAGCUCACAUGAGGAAGGAUAGAAUCAGAAAUGAUACCUGUGAGUUUUGUGGCAAGAUCUUCAAGAACUGCAGCAAUCUCACUGUUCAUCGCAGGUCUCAUACAGGUGAAAAGCCGUACAAAUGUAUUCUGUGUAAUUAUGCUUGUGCUCAAUCUAGCAAGCUUACAAGGCAUAUGAAAACACAUGGGCGUAUAGGAAAGGAUGUCUACAAAUGUAAAUUCUGCUUGAUGCCGUUCUCAGUUCCUAGUACACUGGAGAAACACAUGAGGAAAUGUGUGGAAAACAGAACACCCGGACUUAUCCGGGAAACCGACUCGGAUUCUACAUCAAGUAAUGCUACCACACCAACCCUGAAUUGUCAACCCGGUAUUCUGCAGGAAUCCAGUAUGGACAAAAGUAGUGCUAACGUUCCCAUGAACUGUGCGCCUGGAAUUCUACAGGACACAAGUCUAGACAAGAAUAGCUCUAGCACACCCAAUCUUUGA